AUGAGCAACAAUAUCAUUAAUCCAACUGCAUUCAAUGCUCCUAUUGAAAUCCCAACUGAUUUCAAAUCAACGCUUCCACCUCGUAAAAGAGCUAAGACUAAAGAAGAAAAAGAACAAAGAAGGAUCGAAAGAAUACUUCGAAACAGGAAAGCUGCUCAUCAAAGUAGAGAAAAGAAAAGAUUGCAUUUAAAGUUUCUUGAACAAAAAUGCCAAAUCAUGGAAAACCUAUUAUCUAGAAUUGAUGCUGAUGUUUUACAAAACUUGGUUGCUACAGACAGCACCGGUACUUCUAUCUUAGAAGAAUAUAAUAACAUAUUAAACACCACUGAUGAAAGUUAUGUAGAAGAUAAACUAAAUCCUUCCUCUUCAAGCUCGUCACCUUCAGCUACCGUAAAUAAUGGUUCUCCAUCUACUUUCCAAACUACUUUUGAUGCUGGUAAUAUUGAACCUGUCGCUAUUAAGAAAGAACAAACAACAGAAACCGAUUUGUCAGCGGCCAUUGGCUCAUCAUUAAGUAGCUUCUCUAGUUCUAAUUCCAAUUCCAGUUCCAAUUCUGAUUCUAAAUCUAGUUGUGCUUCUCCAUCCAGUAUCAUGUCUCCUGUUAGUAACGGGACCAUGGAAGAUGAAUUAUUUUUCGAUGAAAAGGAAAACUAUUAUACAUCAUCCUCUUCUAUCUCUUCCAUAAAUAUGAUCAAAUCAGAACCACAAGAUUGGAAUCUUUUAAUUACGAAAUCUGAACAUGAUAACUCAAUUUUAGAAGAUUUCAAUAUUGAGCAUGAGUUUGAGUAUAAUGAGCAUAGUUUCAGUGAUCAACUCUUAACCAAAACAGUAGACGUAGAAGAAAGUUUAAUGAAACCCAAGACAAUUCCAAAUAUGACGGUGCUAAUGAAAAACGAUGACAUUGAUGGUUCAUUCGUCCUUGACAAUUGGCGUAAUCCAGCAGUGAUUACCAUAUGA